AAGGGAUUCAGCAAGGGGGAGAGACUGCACAGCAAGGGGGAGAGACUGUACAGCAAGGGGGAGAGACUGCAGAGCAAGGGGGAGAGACUGCAGAGCAAGGGGGAGAGACUGCAGAGCAAGGGAGAGAGACUGCACAGCAAGGGGGAGAGACUGCAGAGCAAGGGAGAGAGACUGCACGGCAAGGGGGAGAGACUGCACGGCAAGGGGGAGAGACUGCACGGCAAGGGGGAGAGACUGCACGGCAAGAGGGAGAGAGCAAACGAAGGAGGAGACCCCCAGAAAGAAAGAAGACAAGGAAGAAAUGAAAAAAAGCUGAAGAUAUUACAGGCCAGAGAGAGAGAGAGAGAGAGAGAGAGAGAGACUGCUGGGCCCCAGACAUGGCCAACAGGACAGGCCGGGCAGAGACCAGGAGCCGGGCGAGAGAUGACAUCAAGAGAGUCAUGGCAGUCAUAGAGCACGUGAGGCGCUGGGAGAAGCGUUGGGUGACAGUGGGAGACACCUCGCUCCGGAUAUAUAAGUGGGUGCCAAUUGUGGAUCCCAGGGACGAGGAGAAGCCUGGGGCCCAGACUCCCACAGACCAACAGAAGCGCAGAGCACAGAGGCGCAGGAAGAGCCAGGCUCUGCUAAUGAUGGAGAUCAAUGAUGACAGCAAUAACAGUUCCUUCUCGGAUGCCUCUGGGGCGAGGGGCGAGGGAAGCGACAGCCCAAGUCGGACCCCCGAACUGAGCCGCAAUGUCAGUCCCUGCCCCUCAUCCAAGCCAAAGACUGAGGACUUCCAGCCCCCUGAGUUGGGCCAAGAAGGGGAUGGUGCCCCCCUGCUCCCCAUCAGAACAGAUGAACCCCCAAUGUUAACCAAAGAGGAGCCGGUGGCUGAAACCCCUGCAGCCCAGGUACCCAGCGCUGCCGCCAUGUUCCCGCCUCUGACAGAGGAGGAGGAGUCUCUGGACGCCCCGGCACUAAAGAGAUUCUGUACAGACCGAGACAUAAUGGGCAGAUAAUCCUCACAGGCUGGCGGCCAUCUUACUACUCCUCUCGCAUCUUUUCCCGCCUUCUAUUCUCUCCACAAAACCAGCUUUUCCCUGUGGAAAGAUGAACAAGUGCGUCUGACUGUAACCCGGAAAGUGACCCCGGGACCCCGAGCCCCCAUAACAGUGAAUUCCAUCGCCUGUAGAGAAUCAGUCCUGUUGGCCAUUUUGUUUCGCUUCAUGCCCCAAGCUCCAAUGGCUGCCGCUCUCUCUGGGGGUUGCGACUGCUGCACAAUUGUAUCACUGCAGCCUCUGGUAUCCACCAUUAUAUACUCCUCUUGUGGGGAGUGUCAUGUUGCCAGGACACGCCCCUCUCUUACACCCUAGCAACCAGGCUGCAGUUUCAAAUCCAAAGCGGAGAAAUGCAGAAAAAUGUAUAAAAUAUACAAUUUUCCAAUUUAUAUUUGUCUUUCUGUACGAAGUAUAAAUGUCAGUAUUAUAUAUUAUAAUAUCCAUGUCAUGCUGAUGGAAUCUGCAGCGCUAUAUAAAUAUAUACUUACACCAAUACAUUUAAUUCUACUGACAGACUGCGCUCCUGGGCCCUGGCACUUGUGGCCCCUGAUUGGCCGGAUUUUGCCCUUAUACACAGUGGCGUUUUAUAAGGAGAAUCUCCCAACCGUUGUCAUACAUUCUUUUGCACUUCCAAAUCCAACCACCAGAUGUCGCACCUUAGUGUAUGGAUAGGAAUGAGUAAAAAGCAAAGGAAGCAUCGCCAUCUAAUGGACGAAAGUGGAAAUACAUCUAUUGGGCGAUUUCUCAUUAUUAGCGUUGUUGCUGCAUGUUUAUUCACUUGUAAAUGUAAAGUCCCUUUAUCUCUCCAAUAUAUAAAAUACCCAGAAACCCUCCCGGGACUCUACUCUAUUUUGUCUAGACAGCUGCCCCAGGAUUGAGCAUGUGUCUCAACCCCUUCUCCUUGUAGAGUGUAAGCUCUUUUGGGCAGGGCUCCCUUCCCCUCUUGUAUCGGUUACUGAUUGCUUUAUAUGUUACUCCUUGUAGAGUGUAAGCUCUUUUGGGCAGGGCUCUCUUCCCCUCCUGUAUCGGUUAUUGAUUGCUUUAUAUGUUACUCCUUGUAGAGUGUAAGCUCUUUUGGGCAGGGCUCCCUUCCCCUCCUGUAUCGGUUACUGAUUGCUUUAUAUGUUACUCCUUGUAGAGUGUAAGCUCUUUUGGACAGGGCUCCCUUCCCCUCUUGUAUCGGUUACUGAUUGCUUUAUAUGUUACUCUGUAUGCCCAAUGUAUGGAACCCACUUAUUGUACAGCGCUGCGGGGUAUGUUGGCGCUUUAUAAAUAAAUGUUAAUAAUAAUAAUGUUGCAGACUACACCAAUUCCCAAGCAGCCAUGGCUCAUGUAUCUAAACUAAUUACUAAUGAGCUCUGAGCAGCGAAUUGGCUUUGCAUCUGUGUAGAUAAUAAGUAAUAAAGUGGUCGGGUAACACUGUCCAAUCAGGGGUUGCACCAUAAAACCGGGCAAAUGUUAAAUACAUUUAUUCCCAUUCAUUCCUAAUAAUGCAGGGCAGCCCUGGGCACUGCAGGGUUAAACUGGGAACAAAUUAAACACA